GUGGGUCCAUAUUGUUUGUGCCCUCUAUGUUCCAGGAGUGGCAUUUGGAGAUAUUGACAAACUGCGGCCAGUAACGCUUACAGAAAUGAAUUAUUCAAAGUACGGUGCCAAGGAAUGCAGUUUUUGCGAAGAUCCUCGUUUUGCCAGAACUGGUGUGUGCAUUAGCUGUGAUGCUGGGAUGUGCAGAGCUUAUUUCCAUGUGACCUGCGCUCAGAAGGAAGGCCUCCUCUCAGAAGCAGCAGCAGAAGAGGAUAUAGCUGACCCUUUUUUUGCUUAUUGUAAACAGCAUGCGGACAGGUUAGACAGAAAAUGGAAGCGGAAGAACUACUUGGCAUUACAAUCUUACUGUAAAAUGUCCUUACAGGAAAGAGAGAAACAGCUCUCACCAGAAGCUCAGGCUCGAAUCAAUGCCAGGCUGCAACAGUAUCGUGCCAAGGCAGAGCUGGCCCGCACCACCAGGCCUCAGGCUUGGGUUCCCAGGGAGAAGCUACCACGACCACUUACCAGCAGUGCUUCAGCCAUACGUAAGCUCAUGCGCAAAGCUGAGUUAAUGGGAAUUAGUACAGACAUUUUUCCAGUGGAUACUUCAGAUACUAGUUCCAGUGUUGAUGGAAGAAGAAAACAUAAACAACCAGCUCUCACUGCUGAUUUUGUGAAUUAUUACCUUGAGAGAAAUAUGCGCAUGAUUCAAAUCCAGGAGAAUAUGGCUGAACAGAAGAAUAUCAAAGAUAAAUUAGAAAAUGAACAAGAAAAACUUCACGUGGAGUAUAAUAAGCUGUGUGAGUCCUUGGAAGAGCUACAAAAUAUGAAUGGAAAACUGCGAAAUGAAGGGCAAGGCAUUUGGGCUCUGCUGGGUAGAAUAAUUGGACAGAAAUUGAACAUACCAGCAAUUUUACGUGCUCCUAAGGAAAGGAAACCAAGUAAAAAGGAAGGAGGAACGCAAAAGACAUCUACGCUUCCGGCCGUACUUUUUAGUUGUGGAAUUUGCAAGAAGAACCAUGAUCAGCACCUACUGCUACUGUGUGACACUUGUAAACUCCAUUAUCAUCUUGGUUGCCUGGAUCCGCCUCUUACAAGGAUGCCAAGGAAGACCAAGAACAGUUACUGGCAAUGCUCAGAGUGUGACCAGGCAGGUAGCAGUGACAUGGAGGCUGAUAUUGCCAUGGAAACCUUACCAGAUGGGACCAAACGAUCAAGAAGGCAGAUUAAGGAACCAGUAAAAUUUGUUCCUCAGGAUGUGCCACCAGAACCGAAGAAAAUUCCAAUCAGAAACACGAGAACUAGAGGACGAAAACGAAGCUUUGUGCCUGAAGAAGAAAAACCUGAGGAACGGAUUCCCAGAGAAAGAAGACAACGGCAAUCUGUUCUACAAAAGAAGCCCAAGUCAGAGGAUUUAAGGACUGAAUGUGCUACCUGCAAAGGGACUGGAGACAAUGAAAAUCUAGUCAGGUAG